AUUUCUUUGUGUUCAGCAGAUCAAAGAAAUUCAUACUUGUUUGAAAGUACUUGAGUGGGAGUAAAUUAUGAAAGAAUUUUCAUUUUUGGGGGAACUAUCCCUUUAAGCAACAAUAAGGUAGGCCUAUAGUUCGGGGAACAUGUCUAGAAAAGGUAUAUCUUCAUUUAAAAGUCUUUGUAGCACGCUAAUAGACCACGUCAUCGGGAAACCCAGCCCUGGUCAUUAUAGUGUCUUUAAACCUGACAAUUACUAGUAGUUCUGGAAUUUUGUUAUUCGUUGUAAGAAAUACAAUUUAUAACUGUUAUAUUAAAUGUCUAACAUCUGCUAUAGAUUUUAUAAUGACUAGUCUACUUUUUUCCCCCUACAGAUCUUGCUUAGACGACUAGUCUUGGACAGAUUACUGAAUAAGCUGCAGUAUAUUGUUAACCAUUCUGCCUCAGGCCUCAACCUUGAUUAUCUACAUUUCAUUUGCACACAUGAACUAAUACUCAUUGAUGCAUUAGAAGAACUUGUUAUCCCAGAAUGCAUUGUAAAUGCCCUUAGAGACCUCUGUAUUUUGGUGAGAGAGCAGGUUGAAAAUGAAACAAAUGAAACGCUUCAAAUUGAGGUGGAGGCAGUCGCAGGAGUUAUGGGACGACCUAAAUUCACAGUUGAAAAUGAGAAGAUUAAGUCCUUGCUAGACAUUCAGCUGCCCGUCCCUUGCAUAGCCAAACUGUUAGGAGUUAGUGAAAGUACAGUUUUCCGUAGGAUGAGAGAGUUUGGACUGUCUGUGUCAGACUCCUAUAGUACAAUAGGUGACCAAGAGCUUGAUAUGUUAGUGACCAACAUCAAGUCUCAAAUGCCUCAUGUGGGCUAUAGAUUGAUGAUGGGAAGGUUGAGAUCUUUAGGUUACAAGAUACAGUGGAGCAGACUGAGGGCAUCUAUGCACAGAGUAGAUGCAGUUGGGAUUUUUUCCCGCAUGACACAGCUAGGCUGUGUAGUGAGGAGAAAAUACUCUGUCAGGGCCCCUCUCAGUCUAGUGCAUGUGGAUACCAACCACAAACUGAUAAGAUACAACAUUGUCAUAUUUGGGGGCAUUGACGGUUUCUCCAGAAAGAUAAUGUACUUGGAUGCAGCUAACAACAACAAGGCAUCAACUGCCUUUACCUUCUUUUUACAAUCCAUUGAGAAGAAUGGUGUGCCUUCAAGGGUUAGAGGUGAUCAAGGAGUUGAGAACCUCGACAUUGCACGCUUCAUGUUCACUGUAAGGGGAACAGACAGAGCAAGUUUCAUUUCUGGGAAAAGCGUACAUAACCAAAGAAUCGAACGGCUCUGGCGUGAUGUGUGGACAGCGGUGACUACCACAUAUUACGAUACCCUCCAUGGUCUUGAAGAAGAUGGCUUGCUGGACAUCUCAAACACACUACACAUUUUCCUUGCCCAGUUUGUGUUUCUUCCCCGUCUCCGCAAAGACUUGCAGACAUUUGCUGAGGGCUGGAACCAUCACCCUCUCCGCACUGAGGGAAAUAUGACCCCACAUCAGUUGUGGGAGGUGGGACUUAUGCAAAAUAGCAUCAGUGAGCUUGAAAAUUUAGAGGAUGUAGAGGACUGUGACAUGGACUGGGAAAGUGCCAUUUUCCAUGAGGAACCAUUAACAGCAUUUGGAGUUGUGGUUCCAGAACUCCUCCCCCCUCUAAAUGAACAAGAAAUGAGAAGCCUCCAAGCUGCUGUUGACCCUACAGUGACAUCACACUCGAAUGGUAGAGACAUCUAUAUUCAGUGCUUUGAUAUUUUUCACUGACAAAUUAUGAAUACGCUUAAUCUAUUGUCCUUUGCUUGUUCAUAUCUACUUGAGAUGAAAACAUGUAUUUUCCAAAUAGACUUUAUUGAACAUAAGAAAAAAAAAAAAUUCAAAUACAGUGAACUUAUUGUAAGAUUCAAUAUCACUCUCUUUUAGGGUGUUACCCUAAACUAAAACUGUAGUGAUUGUCACAAAGAAGUAUGUGGUGCUGAACAGUGUUUGUGGAAUGCUUACCAUAUGACAGCUUAAACUCUUUAUACUAACAUUUUUAUCAACUUGAAACUGUAAUACACUGUCAUACAAGCAAUAAAUUCCUGGCAAAGAAAUUGUG